GGGCUAGUCUGGAUGCCAAGAUUGGACAAAUUCUUAAGGAGGGACAUGCUGCUCUUGUGAUGCCUGCGUUCGAAUAAUAUCAAACAGCAAGAUGGCCUGGACCAGAAAUAUUUUCCUCGCGAUAAGCAGGUCUAGAUGACGAACGACAUAUUCUAGGAAGUCACUCAACGAUACCAUUUUAGACAUUGCUUUCGCUGGUCAAGGCGAAGAAGAUCGAUAUGUUUCACCGCACUUGGGCUCCUGGCCAUAACGGCACCGAUUAUCCACGAUUCUAUUCCGCCACCCCUGGUGAAGUUUACAAGGUCACGCAGUACCACCCCGCAUACGAACCUUACGUGAUCUUCAGAAAGGAAGGGCCACCAUGGUGCGAUGAACGCUUUAUUGGGUAUGGAGGGAAUAAGGCUGCUUGUCUCUACGAGAUGUACCUCUCAGGGAUGUCGUUCUAUGUCCUUGCGGAUCACUUCCUCGUGCACCAGAGUCAUCCAUACGAGGAGGAAGCGCGAAAACUUGAGCGCAAGAGUAACCGUAAGAUAUAUCAGGACUUCAAGGAGGAAGUUUGCCUCCGGUACUUGAAGCUCCACUACGAUUCUGGAACACUUAACAGUAGCCACGGAUACAAUGUACAAGAGGAAUGCAAGAAAAUCAGAGGCGUAACGAAAAUUGCUACUCUGAUGAUGGAGGGUAUAUUUUAGUAGGAAUGUCAGUAAUGGGGGAUCUUCCGCUUGUAUCAAACGAGGUUGUCAAUCUCAUCACUGACGAAAAUGCUUUUUCUU